AUGUCAGCUCGUCGUUACCGAUCCACGGUGGCCUGUCACUCAUGCCGUCAGCGCAAGGUACGAUGCAGCAUCAAUGUCACCGGCGUUCCCUGCAUUCGCUGCGCCCAAGACCAUGCCGAAUGUGUCGUGGAUCCGCUUCCGGCUGAGAGACUGACCAAAAGGGGAAAAAGUGCUAGGACCAGCCGGCGCAAUGCAUCGGCUCGACACCGGUUACGCGCGGCCACCAGUAGCCCGUCUAUUCGCGGUGCACUCACCGGGGGAAAUGUACUUCGCCCGCCUCGCACACCAGCCUUCCAACGACCCCCCUCGGAGUCACCAGUACCAGCUCCAGCUCCAGCUACUUCGGCUUCGGAGCGAUACAGCAUUCAGGACGAGGAACGCAAUGGCCUCGAGAUCGCAGAGGCCGCUUUGGGCAACCCCGAACAAGCCGGACAGGUGCCUUUCUACACCGGGGACAAGACCGGAAUAACUUCAACCCUGACGCUCCUUGCCCCGGAAGGAACUCUACCCCGGCAUUUCCUGAUUCCGUCGCGCGCAACGACCUCCCUGUCCGAGGAGGAUCGGAAUUAUCUCGCAAGCAAAGGGGUCUUCAAUCUACCCAGCAGUGAAGCAUGCCAUUGCCUGCUUCAGGCAUAUUUUCGUCAUGUGCAUACGAUCAUGCCGAUCAUCGAAGCCGAUCAGAUCCUGCACUUCUUUCAUGCUGGGCGGCUGCAUGAGUUCAAUCUGCUUUUAGUGUGGAGUGUGUUCUUUGUUGCCGUCAAUUUUGUUCCCUCCUCUCUUUGCGAGAGGGAAGGGUACGAUUCACGCAAGGCAAUGAAAGCAGCGAUGUACUCCCAUGCAAAGUGUCUCUACAACAACAGCGGAGAGCGAGACAAAGUCGUUCUUCUACAAUCCUCUCUGAUGCUCGGCUUCUGGCACUCCGAAGUAGAUGAACAUGUCCAGCCUUGGUACUGGACAGGAAUAUCCGUGACUCUUUGUCAGAUCCUCGGCCUGCACCGCAAUCCGGACGCCGCACGAUAUAAUGCAUCAAUUACCGAUCGUCAGCGACAUCUCUGGCGUCGCCUCUGGUGGACAUGCUUCUUCCGGGAUCGUUGGCUGAGUCUAACAUUAGGACGCCCAUUACGUAUUGACCUUGAUGACUGCGACGUAGCCAUGCCGUUAGUGGGCGACCUUCUCUAUGACCUCAACCAUGUUCCGGAGUCCCUUCUAUCCGCCUUUAUCCCGGACGAAGUCUCUCUUCUGGCUGAAUAUUGGAUUCAUUUAAUAGGCAUGAGCAGAUUGCUAGGCGCAGUUCUAUCCAUGAGCUACAAGACAGCUCGUCCGAAACCCUCGCGUGAGCAGGUUGAGGCCCUUGAGGCCGAGAUCUCUUGUCACAAACCUCCAGGCCAGGCCGCCGCAGACUGGAAUGGUCCCACGAGAUUCUACCUGCAUCACCUCCAACUACAUUACCAAGCAACUCUCAUCGUUCUCUAUCGGCCGUGUAUCACUGACCCACCCGACGAACUGUCGCCAAACCAUCAGACGCGGUGGCAGGAAAUCAUUCGCUCCAAGGCCGACUCCGCUGCCUCCCGCACAAACGAGAUCCUGGAAACGCUCGCACAGGAGAAUCUGCUUCAAUUUGCCCUGCCAAUGACACCGCCUCUCCUGAUCCCGGCCAUGCAAAUGCACCUCCUGAGCUGUCGGACAGGCAACCCUCUAUCACGACGUCUGCGACUGAACAAGCUCAACGUAUGCAUGAUGGUCAUGGAAGAAUUCCAAAAGGUUUACACCGUUGCGUCCAUUUAUCGCGGAAUAUUCGCCAAGGCCAUUCGGGAAAUCUGCCCUGAUCGCCUCGAUGAGCACCCCGACACCUCAGUCUCUAUUCCUGCGGCUGCACCUCUUGCUGCACAGCCUGAUGAUAUAGUCAAUUCCAUGGCAGCUGGCAACCCAGGAGUCGGUACUGAUAUGGACGAUAUGGUGGAUGCUCUUCUAGAUGAAUCGUCGGCGCUCAACUUUUGGGAGACGUGGGGACAAUUCUGGAUUGAAUGA